AUGUCUCGACUUGUCCCCAAGAUCUCUCCCCUCAUUCACAAGAACAGGAGGAGCGUUCGUUUGCUUUCAUCGUCCAAGACCGGCCCAUGUGUUUCGGUUUGCAACGUUGUGCAACCUUCGCCUGACGGUGGCAACAUCGGUAAAGUCCUGUUGUACGACGUCGCAAAAUUUGAGUUAGUUAGAACGGAGAAAACAUUUCCCGAUGAGCUUCACGAGGCGCAGUUGGUCGGAGCCUCCCGUGGCUGGAGUUUUUUCUUCAAUAGAGAAGAUCGCUCGGUGGUUAUCAGUGACUUCUUGAACCCAUAUGCUUCCAAGACAGAACCAAAGAUGUUUCCACUGCCUACGUUUACUACAAUGCCCACUUGCCAAAUCGAAGUCGUGUGCAACGUGGCCAUGUCCUCUUCUCCUGAGCCGUAUGAUAAAGACUGGGGCGUUGGCGUUGUUCACAUGCCCAUUAAGAGCUAA